AUGACCGCGUUCGACCACAUGGACCAGGAGGAGACACCACUCCUUCGUUCCCCGCGUGUCCCAAAAGUCUCCGAUGAAUUCAACACGCCAAAAGGCGGUCGUAGGUCCGAAAAAACUAUCGUGGCAAUGCUUUUCCUUGCCAUAAUUACGGUUUGUACCGGCGAGGAAUUGAUUCAAUCGGCCAAAACGCGAGUGCUUGAAUCGAUCAUCUGCCGGCGGUACUACACGGUGCAUGAUCCUUCGCUCAUUGGCUCUGAUGGCGGUGACGGUGUUGCGGAGCGGCACUGCAAGAAUCACGUCGUCCAGGGUGACGUCGCAAUGCUAAAAGGCUGGUUGACCACAAUUGAAUCAUGCGUGGUGCUUCUCGUUGGCGUUCCUUGGGGAUACGCAGCCGACCUGUGGGGUCGGAAACCAAUCUUGAUCAUCUGGAUCACGGGCGUGGCCUUGAGAGCGGCUUGGAUACAACUGGUAUGCUUCUUCUGGCAGACGUUCCCCAUCCAGGCAAUAUGGGGGGCUGCCGCCUUCGCCCUCAUAGGAGGAGGACACGCGAUGACCAGUGCCUUGCUCUUCACUCUUGUGACGGACGUGAUUCCUGAAGAGAGGAGAGCCUCGCGGUUCUUCCAGAUAUCUGGUUCGGCAAAUGUCACAAAGGUUGUUGUGCCAUUAAUAUCCGCGGAGCUUAUGAAAGUAAGCCCUUGGUUGCCUAUGCUGCUUGGUCUGGCUCUCCUGCUCCUGGCCGUUCCACAAGCACUCAUCCUUCCUGAGACCAAGGACUACCUUACGGAAGCAGUGCCGACCACAAGCGGAUCAGUGUCGGAAACAUCGUCGACAUGCUGUUCAUCGUCACUCGCCUCAUGGUCCCAAAUUAAGCGAGCUGGUGAAGACGUGGUAGCAUUCCUCGCGGCGGAUACGCGCUUGUUGCUUCUCGUACCAGCCUUCCUCAUGCACAUGCUAGUGAUGAACAAGGACAUAACCCUUCAGUAUAUCUCCACGCGGUACUCACUCACGCUCGCUGAUGCAACAUUCAUUCUCACCCUCCGCUCGGGACUGGUUCUGUCUCUUAUGCUCGUCUUAUACCCGGCGCUCAGCCAUUUUCUUCGGAUAAGAUUGGGAAUGCAUUCUCAACGCAUCGAUUUGCUCAUGGCCAGGUGCUGUGUGGUCUCCGCGGGCUUCGGCUUCUUCAUGAUUGCGUUCGCCUACUCGCUGCCUAUGCUGCUCUCUUCGAUGGUUGUCAACACGCUUGGUUCGGGUCUUCACCUUUACCUGCGUAGUGUAGCCACAAGUUUGGUGGAGUUACAUCAGAUGGCACGUUUGAUGACGUUUAUGAGCUGGAUUGAUACCAUAGGCCUCAUGAUUGCGAGCCCUUUCAUUGCGUGGUUAUUUGAACGUGGCAUAGAAGUUGGUGGUUUAUUAACGGGUCUACCUUUUCUAUUCUGCUCAGCUAUGUAUACAAUAAUUGCCAUUCUUAUCGCUAUGGUCUCCCCGAAGUGCCAAUAA